AAAAGCAAGUUUAGGAUUAUAAUAGAAUUGUUGAUUAAAUUUUGAGUCUUUCUUUAUACUUACACACAAAUCGAAAACCACUUUUAUUCUAUGUAAUUGACUUCUUAAAUUUAGAGUAAUGGGAUCCAUAAAAAUUAAAUCUUUCAAAUGGUCUUUAGAUUUUACAAGGAGUAAACAUGAAAAAGUUCCUGAUAAUGUUAAUCCACCAGGCUAUAGUCAAUCUGUUGGAUUAAAUGGUACUGAAUUAUCUAAGGAUAGCGAGUCAAAUAGACUUAUAAUGAAAAAGUCAUGGGAUCUUGCCUUAGGUCCACUCAAACAAGUACCAAUGAACCUAUUUAUCAUGUACAUGGCAGGAAACUCUAUAUCAAUAUUUCCAAUUAUGAUGGUUGGAAUGUUAAUUGUACGACCUUUCAAAGCAUUAUUUACUUUACAAGCUACAUUCAAAACAGUUGAAGGAACUCAAGCAUGGGGUCAAAAAUUCAUUUUUUUCAUUGGUAAUUUAGUUAACAUUAUAUUAGCACUGUACAAAUGUCAGUCAAUGGGACUAUUACCAACCCAUGCAUCAGAUUGGUUAGCAUUUAUAAAUCCUCCAACACGUAUGGAAUAUUCGGGUGGUGGUUUUAUCUUUAAUUAAUUAAAUUUGUCUUAUAUUAUUAUUAAAAUUUAUAAUUGUUAUAAUUUGAUUGUCUUUAUUGGAAAUAACUGGUUGUAAUUGUAAAAAUAAUUUUCAUUUAUAUUACUACACAUGUAAAAUAAUUUUUUUUUAAUGAUUUAGUCGUUUAUCAUUUAUAUGUAUGAUACAAAUUACUCAUACACUAUUGACUGUAUGAGUCAAUAGUGUAUGUACAUACCAUUAUUUAUUUAUUGUUUUAUUUAAAUAGUAUUAUUUAUUUUAUGUCAAUAUAAAUAGAUGAAGUCUUGCAACCAAAAUAUUUAGCCUUUGAUAAAAGAUUCUUUGAAAUUUAAAACACAUUAUUAAAAUUAAGGAGCAUAUCAUAUUUUCAUAAAAAUUGCUUAUACAGGGUGAUUUUUUUAUCAUAACCCAUUCAAUUACUUACAGAGUAAUUAUAAUUUAAACAUUUUUUUUUUUUUUGGUAUUCUUUAGUUACACAUUAUUGUUGAAUUAUUAACUAUGUUAAUUGGAUGAACUUAAAAAGUAUUACAUAGUUAAUAAUUCAAGAAUAAUGUGUAACUAAAGAAUACCAAAAAAAUAAAAUGUUUAAAUUAUUUUUAUUCUGCAAGUAAUUGAGUGGGUUAUAAUAAAAAAAUCACUGUGUAUAUAUUACUACAUAAAAUUUUUUAUUAUAUUACUUAUGUUAGGCAUAAUGUAAUAAAUUUAGUAUAUCAACUAGUUUAUUUGUUAAUUCAAAUACAUAGAGAUUGAAGAAUAAAUAAACAAAAUAAUUAUCCAUGCCCUAAA